GCGGCGAGGAGGAGGAGGAGGAGGAGGGCGGCGGCACCGGGCGAGGCGGCGAGAGCGGCGGCGGCUUUGGCUUUGCGAGUCCCGGGGCGGGCAGGGCGGCCGGCUCGGCAGGGGCCGGCCAUGGCGGAGCCGAGCCCCGAAGAUCCCCCUCCGAGCCUCAAAGCCGAGACGCAGCCUCCGGAGAAGCGGCAACGCACCAUCGAGGACUUCAACAAAUUCUGCAGCUUUGUCCUGGCUUAUGCCGGCUACAUCCCCUCCUCCAAAGAGGAGAACGACUGGACGGCCUCCGGGUCCAACUCGCCGCUCCGACCGGAGAGUGUGGUGGACAGUGACGGCUGGGAGUCCACGCAGUCGGACCUGCACACCAUCGAGACCUUUGUCAAGAAGGCCAACUCCUCGAAGAAAAAAACGGCCUUCCGGCGGCUGAAAUCUGACAGCUCCUUGCUGGAGAAGAUGAAACUCAAAGACUCCCUUUUCGACCUGGACCCGGUGGGCAAGCAGCCGCCCCCGCUAGCCGGGCCCAAAGCCGCCGCCGACAAGAAGAAGGACAAGCGGAGCCGGAAGGCCUCCUUGGAAGCCGGGGCCGCCAAGCGGAACCGGAGCGACUCGGUGGGCGAGAAGCGCUCGCGCAUCAAAAAGAGCAAGAAGCGGAAGUUGAAACGGUCGGAGCGGGGCGAGAAGAAGCACAAAACCUCCGUGAGCGAGACGGACUCGGAGGAGGAGGAGGAGGAGGAAGAGGAGGAGGAGGAGGUGGUGGACGGGGCGGCCCCUCUGCGGCCGGGCGGGGAGGAAGGGGCGGCCGCGGUGCGGGUCACGGCCCAGGCGCCGCCGGAGCUGCUGGCCACCCCGUUUCCCAUUAAGCUGGAGGACACGGAAGGGAAGGAGGGCAUCAGCACGGAGACCAGCCAGGACGGGGAGGAAGGCAGCUCCAGCGAAGGAGAGAUGAGGGUCAUGGACGAGGACAUCAUGGUGGAAUCAGGCGACGAUUCGUGGGACCUGAUUACCUGCUACUGCCAGAAGCCCUUCGCCGGCCGGCCCAUGAUCGAAUGCAAUCAGUGCGGCACCUGGAUCCACCUCUCCUGCGCCAAGAUCAAGAAGACCAACGUGCCCGACAUUUUCUUCUGCCAGAAAUGCAAAGAAAGCACGCGGAAGCAGGCGCUGCUGAGCCCUCAGCCCCCCACGGCGCUCGGCGCAACGGCCCCCCUGGCGUCCCGGGCAGGCGGGGAACCCUAGCACAGGAGGGGCCACGGCUCUCGGCGGGCCUUUUGUCCCGCAGAGGGAAAAACAGACUGGACGGAGCAGAGAGAAAGAGAGGGGGAGGCCUGCUCUGGAUUUGGGGGUCCCCUUUGAGUGUCGGGCCCCGAAGACGAGGCGCCGGGCCGGCGGAAGUGCCGGCAAUGACUCCCGGCGCUUAUUAAAACCGGCUAGGUUUCAGCGGGCCCUCCUGGCCUUCGCCCCCCCCUCCCCGUCUCCUGCUUGUGGGCUCGAUCGGGAAGGUCCGGUGUCCACUUUUGGGGGGCGAAGCCUCGGUUUAUUUUGGACCCUGUUCCUUCCCUCCCUGUCCUGCUCCGACUUCUUCUCUGUAAAUAGAAGAAAAAAAGGGUUGUGUUUUUUCUUUCUUUCUUUCCUUUUUCUGUUUUCUUUCCCCGGCUGGAUCGGUCGGCUGGUCAGUUGGUUUCCCGGUUGGGAAUGUUUUGAACACAUGUUUUGUGCUCCUGGUUUUGGACUCGUCCGAAUCUUGUUUCAUUUCCUCCCCAGGGUCCGAGAGACGGAGACGGGGAUCCCCGGACCCCGGUUUCUUUGGUUGUGCUUCAAAGAGGGGCGCAGUUUGACUUGGUCCCCGUUAGUAUUGAGGCACUUAAACUGGGAGUCUCCGAACUUUCCCUCCCUUUUAAGAUGGGUGGACUUCAAGUCCCAGAAUCCCCCAGCCAGCAUAGCUGGCUGGGGAAUUCUGGGACUUGAAGUCCACCCAUCUUAAAAGGGAGGGAAAGUUCAGAGACCCCUGAGUUUAAACCAGGGGUCUUCAAACUCGACCCUUUGAUGACUUGUGGAGUUCAACUCCCAGAAUUCCUCAGCUGGCGUGCCAGGCUGAGGAAUUCUGGGAGUUGAAGUCCACAAGCAGGGGCCUUCCAACUUGGCCCUGUGAUGACUGGUGGACUUCAACUCCCAGAAUUCCUCAGUAGUCUGCCUGGCUGAGGAAUUCUGGGAGUUGAAGUCCACCAGUCAUCAAAGGGAGGGAAACUUUGGAGACCCCCUUAGUUUCAAGCAGUGAAGAGCAGGAGAGGAGGGGGGUUUCUUUGGUUCCCCCUCACCACCCUAUGUUGACCCCCCCUCCGGCCCCUCUGAGGCCGGGUGGGGGGGGAAGAGGCCAGGCCAGGCCCCUCCCUCCCCCCUUUUUCUUUUUAAUAUUGGCAGACGUGUACAUGGGAGAGUUUUCGACUGUAAAUAAAGAGACGUAGACCCUUUGGCAGUUUCUA